AUGCAAGCACAAUACCACACGCGGCCCGCGCGCACCACAGACCUGGAUUAUCUUCCGGGCGUGGAGAAUUCAGCAGGCUCGCUAUUCCGCACGGUCAAGGGGCUAGAAACUCUCGCCGACGACGCCCCCUUGCCUGUCUCGAGGCUUGAGGAAAUCCUCGAGACGGGAAGAAUAUGGGUCGCGGUGCACGUCGGGACAGAUGAAAGCAGGGACGGAAAGGAGGACAUCGUGGGAUUUCUGGCGGCUUUUCCGCUGAUGGAUCCGACGCCUGCACGGGACCAGGCACGCUAUGCGCUGUCGCAUUCAAGGAGAUUCCUGCACAUUGCCGAACUGUCUAUCCACGCGUCUCACCAACGGCGCGGCCUCGGCCGUCGUCUGAUGGGUGAUCUGAUAGGGUACACAGAGGCAUUCAACAUCCGGACCUUGCCAUCGCCACAGACAGAUGGAGCGAAAUUAAAUGGCCUGACAUUGACAACGUAUCAUACUGUCCCCUUCAAUGGACCGUUCUACGAGAAAAUGGGCUUCCACAAAGUCGCCGUGGACGAAAUCCUGUCUCUCUUUGGCGCCGAUGCGAGGCGGCUUUGGGAUGAGGAACAGGCAUUGAUCCCUAUGCCGCAGGAGCGGGUGUGGAUGGCUCGCUGCAUGAAUAAAGACUGGAACAAGAGGAAAUAG